CCACACUCGUUCAGGUUUUGUUACGUCAAUCUCAUCUUUCAGACUCCCCCUCCAUCAACAUAAUAUCUUAAUACCGUCCCACUUUCGUUAUUGUAAUCACACAAUCACAGUCGUUGAAGAGAAAAUAAGAAAAUAUGAAGACAUUCCAAUCGCUUCUCACAGCCUUCGGGCUUCUUGCCGUAGUCAACGGUCAAAAGUACUCCAAUGGUACCAAUAUCGCGUAUACGACUAUCACUACUGAUAUCUAUACAACUGUCUGCCCACACCCCACUACUUUCUCCAUGGGGACAAAUACUUAUACCGUCACUGCCUCUACUACCUUGACCAUUACUGACUGGUAUGUUCUUUUGACCCAUCAAGUCGAGAAAGCCUUGAUCAAAGUACUGACGAAGCAAUCUAGCCCUUGCACAUACUCUACCACCAUUGAUAAGACUGUUCCAACUGUUCCAGCAUCCUUGUCAACCAAACCAAGCAGCUCUAUUCCAUCUGUUCCAGCUUCAUCGAGUGUUGCCAGCAGCGCUUCUUCGGUCACCACCAGUCAUCCAACUGUUCCUCUUAGCACUGGACCAACCACAAAGCCCGUCAAGCCAACAGAGACCGAGCACACAACAUGGACCACUUACACCACCGACAUUCUUACAACCGUUUGCCCCACUCCAACUACACUAACUUUUGGAACCCAGACAUACACUGUCACUAAGUCAACUACUUUGGUCAUUACCGACUGCCCUUGCACCGUGAGCAAGCCACAUCCAUCAAGCACCUCAGUCCCAACCAACCCAUCUUCAAGCGAGAGCAGUGUCAAGUCCAGUGCUACACCAAAGACCACUGUCAUUGUUCCUCCUCAUGGAAACUACACGUCUUCUACUUCUUUAGCGCCACCAAAGACUACCGUCGUUGUUCCUCCUCAUGGCAAUGAGACUUCUUCAACUGCUUCAGCGCCUCCAAAGACCACUGUUGUUGUUCCUCAUGGAAACUACACAUUCUCUACUUCUUCAACCCCUCCGAAGACUACACCAGUCGUCUGGACCACUACAGUUGUCAGCAGCUACACCACUUAUUGCCCAUCUCCCACCACCGUUGCCAUCGGUAACUUCACUUACACCGUCUCAUCAGCCACAACCUUGACUGUCACUAACCCUUGCACAGUCAGUUACACCUCAAGUGUUCCAACUGCCAAACCAACCACUAGUACCACUGUAUCUUACUUGACUACAUACGUCUCUAGACCAACCACAAUCACUAUCAGCUCCGUUCCUCAUACGAUUACCGCCCCAGGAACCGUCACUGUCCCAGUUGUUUCAAUCCCUUCUGUCAAGCCAACUCCAAGUACUAUUACCGUAUCCUACUUGACUACAUACUGCCCUGCACCAACCACAAUCACUAUUAGUUCUGUUCCUCACACAAUCACUGCUCCGGGAACUGUCACCAUCCCAGUUGUCACAGUUUCCGUUGGCACUCCUGUGUAUUUUACACCUGUUCCUUCGGUCAAGCCAACUCCAAGUACCAUCAUCGUAUCUUACUUGACUACAUACUGUCCUGAAGCAACUACAAUUAUUGUCAGCUCAGUUCCUCACACAAUCACUGCUCCGGGAACUGUCACCAUCCCAGUUGUCACAGUUUCCGUUGGCACUCCAGUUCAUGAGACCCCUGUCGCCAGCGUUCCAGUUCACGAGACUCCAGUUGUCAGUGUCCCAGCCCAUGAGACACCAGUUGUCAGCGUUCCGGUCCAUGAGACUCCUGUCGCCAGUGUUCCAGUCCAUGAGACACCAGUUGCUAGCGUUCCAGUUGCUACUGUCCCAGCCCAUGAGACCCCUGUCGCUAGCGUUCCAGUUCACGAGACCCCCGUCGCCAGUGUCCCAGUUCACGAGACCCCCGUCGCCAGUGUCCCAGCUCAUGAGACCCCAGUUGCCAGUGUCCCAGUUCAUGAGACCCCUGUCGCUAGUGUUCCAGUUCAAGAGACACCGGUUGCUAGCGUUCCAGUUGCUACUGUCCCAGUUGUAACUCCUUCUCAAGCUACCACCUUGGCCUCCACACCUGCUACUGUUGGCACUGCUACCACAACCGGCCCAGCUCAAUUCACUGGUGCUGCCAUCAAGGUUGAUGCUAGUUUCGGAGCUCUUGCCGUUGCAGGUAUCGCAGCCUUCUUGUUGUAG